AUGUCCACCACCUAUCUACUGGCCUAUAUUGAUGACAUUUUCGUCACAGUCACUAAUUCCACUGAAAUCAAGAGCUUGAUUCAACAGCUGCAUGCCAUAUUCACCCUCAAGGAUCUUGGUGAAAUGAGCUUCUUUCAAGGGGUUAAAGCGAUCAAGAGCUUGCUAAAUUCUCUAUUUCUCAAACAGUCCAAAUAUCUUAAAGAGCUCUUAUGGAGAGCUAACAUGACAAAUGCCAAACUAGUGUCGACCCCUAUGCUCAGUAGUCCCAAGCUCACAACAAGCACAGGAUCUCCCUUUGAAAAUCCCUCACUUUAUAGAUCUGUGGUAAGUGGGCUUCAAUAUGCCACCAUUACUAGACCCGAGAUUGCUUACUCUGUCAGCAAGGUGUCUCAAUACAUGCAUGCUCUAACAGAUCUACACUGGAAAUCAGUGAAGCGAAUUCUUUGCCACCUGGUAGGGACGAUUGAUCUGGGUUUACAGAUCCACAAGAGUGACAACUUAAGAAUCAUGGCCUUCUGUGAUUCAAAUUGGGCCACAGACACUGAUGAUGGCAAGUCUGUCUCAGGAUAUUGUGUUUUUCUUGGCACGAAUCUAAUCACCUGGUCGAGUGGAAAGCAAUAG